AUGCCGGGGAAUCAACUUCGGGCUUGUCGGCAUUGGAGAAAAGAGCUAUUCCUAUUGAUUAUUGAUAGUCUACCUCUGGAUUCUAGUUGUCAUAAGGUGGGAGAUGUUGAUGGUGUGCAAAAGAAAGUCAUCGCGCAAGGGAAUGAUGGCUCUUUCAAUCCUGAGAAACGAGCUGAAGAAGGUUCGAAGAAGGACGGCAUCGCGCAAGGGGAUGAUGGAUUCAGCAGCAGAUGA